GUUUGGAUUAGACGCCUUUUCAAUGACACUGCACAGGACUGGCGUGUUUGUAUUAGGAUUGGUCGCCUUUAGGAGCACUGUGAUCCGGCCAAUAUGAACUUCUUCGGUUGCAUAUGGUGGUGGUGGAUGAAGUGGGUGAUGGUAUUCAUGGUCUUAUUCCAAAGGGAUAGAUUGUGAAAUUUCAGCCUCUUUUGCAGGAGGGUCAGGUGUAUUAUGUGCAGCAUGUAGAAGAUGUUGUGUGUAGACCUUAUCACACGACAUGUCAUAGAUUUGAGUUCAGGUUUACAGUAUGGACCAAUGUUGCUAGGAUAGAUCCUGUUUCGGAUGCUUUUCCACUGUAUGCAUAUAGACUUCGCUCUAUUAAGGAUAUAACGGCUACAGUGACUGACAAGACCUAUCUUGCAGAUGUUGUCGGCCUCAUCAAUGGAGUAUUAGCUCUUACAUACAUAGACGUUAAAGGCAGACGGAUUGCUAAGAGGAAUUUACGUAUAAGAGAGGGGAGAAAUACUACUAUUUUGGCUUUGUAGAGCGAGAAAGCUUUACAAAUAGAUGCUGAUGAGCUUAUAAGGAGAGGCCAUCACGAACCUAUCAUUGUUCUUGCUAUGGGUUGUACUUUUAAGAUGCAGAACUCAAUGCUUACGCUUACUGGGAAUUGUGGCUCUAAGAUCUGUCUGAACCUUGCUAAUCCUGACGUAUCUUCUUUUCGCAAUAGGAUUACUGGUAUGGAUCAUUAUAUUGAGCUAAUUGCUGAAAGAGCUUGCCGCCUUGGCACUAGUGAGAUUGAGCAGACAAUUGUUGCUUAUCUAGCAAGUGCUACAUGUUAUCAUGAACAAGGUCUUUAGGUGCAAGAUCACCGUCCAGGGUAUUGCGCUCAACCACACUUGGAAGGCUAUGGAGGAUGGUGAUGCAUAUCAUUGUACUAAUCUGAAUUGUGUUAACAGGACUGCUAGCCCUAGGUACAAGCUUCCUAUAAUCGCAGCUGAUGGAAACGCUACAGUGGAAAUGGUUUUCUUUGGUGAUGUUGAUAGGGAUGUUGUGGGCAGGCCAGCUGAUCAGGUGCUGGAGAGUUUUCUAGCAAAUAGCUCCGUCAUGCCAGCAAAGAUAAUGACUCUGGUUGGAAGGAAAUAUAUUGUAGAGGUCACGGUGUCAAAGUAUUCUUGUAGGAGAGACAAGGAUGGGCUGAGCUUUCCAGUGCUCAAAUUUUUCACGGAGGCUGGUUUUAUGUACCACGAUUUUGUUGUGGGUGUGGGUUCUUCCAGUAGCGCUCCAAUGCAGCAAGUUCCAUUUUCUGGAGGUGUACAUACCAGCCAUGCAGAGCUUCCUCAGGGUACCUGCUCGCUUCCAGUGGCCAUGAUGAAUACAGUUUCUAGCGUGCACACCAGUCAUGCUGAGCUUCCUCAGGACACUUCCUCACUUCCUAACGUGCGCACCAGUAAUACUGAGUUUCCUCAAGGCACUUCCUCACUUCCAGGGGACAUGUUGGGGACUGAAAUGCAGAAUCCAAAUCUUACUAAUGUUGCUCAGCUCAUGUCCAUGCGCCGAGAAGACAUGCUGCAAACACAGUCCCAUAACGUAUGCACUGCUGAUGUGCCGGACAAGACUAAGGUGAAGGAGACCAAGAAUAAAAGGUCACGUUGGAGUAAUGCAAAGUCGAUUGCAUCUAAAAACUUGUUCGUUGAUGGGAGCGACACAGCUGGACAUAGGGUGGACGAUAAGUGAUGGGAGCAGGUGGUUUGCAAGGUGGACGACAAGUGAUGGAAGCAGGCUGUUUUCUUAGGCACUUUGUCAGGAUUUCGUGUUCCCUAGGCUAGGCAUGCUUAUAUGUGAGAAUAGGAUUUAUGUAGUGGCGGUGCUUAGUGUCUUAGCCUCUGUAAACAGUAUCUGUUGCAUCCGUGGUGGUGUGGUCUAUGCGAUGGUUAAAAAAGAUUUCAGGUAAGCCUGUGUUUUGGAGUGUUGUUGUAUGAGACGAGUAAGCCAGUGUUUUGAUGUGUU